AUGUACAAAGGCAAUCUGAUAUAUUCACGACAGAAAUUGUCUGAUGAAUCCCUGGAGAGUGAUGUUGAUGAGGGCAGCCAUUCCCUCAGCUCCUCUCUCGACACCAGCCUGCCUGUUGCCUCGGAGGUGCACAUCUCCAUUAUCAACUCCCCCAACUACAGUCCACGCAUGAACUACACAGAGGCCCUCAAGAAGUACUUCCAGGUGGCCAGAAUUGCAAGUCAUGGAGAUGUUUUUGCAAUCAAGAGUUCAGAUGACCCUCAGUUCUGGCAGACAUCCAGCUUGGACACUGGUAUUAGGUUCCCGGUGAUGUUCUUCAAAGUGACCAGAGUCGAGCCAUGCCGUCCUGAUCUGGUGGCCUGCAUGGUUGACUCAUUCAACACCAGACUGCUUCAGGUGGGGUCUGUCCACAGCUAUGUUCCGCAGAUUGCCUACCAGUACUUUGUUGAGUCGGAGCCCAGCUACUGGCAGCAGCUGACCUGCCCUGGUCUCAACGCCACCAUCACCAGACUGGAGUCCAUAUUGAUGCCACAUCUCAGCAAGAGAUUUGACAACACUCGGUUGAAGGAGCUACCGCCAUCUGUCCUGUUGUCUGGGCCGUCAGCUUGCGGGAAAACCACAGUUGUCUCCACGGUUGCCAGGAGGCUGUGUUUACAUGUCAAUCAGGUAAACUGUCACCAUCUCUCUGGGGAUGCUGCUGGGGCAACUGAAAGUCGAAUCAAGAAUGCCUUCCUAGCAGCUGGUGUGUACUCACCAUGUAUCCUGCUGCUAAAGAACAUCCAUGUUGUUGGCAAAGAGCGGGAUGGAGCAUCAGAGGACCCACGUGUGAUCAGCAGUUUCCACAACUCCAUCCUUGAGCUGACAGAGCAAGCACAGGAGUUUCCGCUCAUCGUCAUAGCAACCACCCGAAAUGCACAACUGCUCUCACAGGACAUGCAGGAAGCAUUUUUACAUGAUAUCAAAAUGGAGACCCCAAGUGAAUUGGAGAGAAGGGAGAUUGUACAUGGCCUGAUGGAAUCUGAGGUGACGUCUGCUGACUUAUCCCUGCCCAGGAUAGCACAGAGAACUGCUGGUUUUGUGUUGGGUGACCUUGUUGCACUGGUUGGCCAUGCCAAACGACAGGCUUACGUGAAGGCUCUCAAACUGUGUGCGGAAUGGUCAUCUGGUGUUACCCUGGAGACAGAGGAGGACCUGGUAUCAGCCGGGGUGGUCAUCGAACAGACAGAUGUCGACACAGCACUGGACAAACUCCAGGCAGCACAUUCUGACACCAUUGGUGCACCAAAGAUUCCCAAUGUUACAUGGAAGGAUGUUGGAGGUCUAGCAGACGUCAAGUCAGACAUCUUGGAUACGGUACAGUUACCACUGCAGCAUCCCGAGCUGUUAGCUGCUGGACUGAAGAGAUCAGGUGUGCUGCUGUACGGGCCUCCAGGAACAGGGAAGACCCUCCUGGCUAAAGCUGUGGCAACAGAGUGUUCUCUAAACUUUCUCAGUGUGAAGGGUCCUGAAUUAAUCAAUAUGUACGUAGGUCAGAGUGAAGAGAACGUCAGAGAGGUUUUCAAGCGGGCUCGAAGUGCCACUCCCUGUGUGAUAUUCUUUGAUGAGCUGGACUCCCUUGCCCCAAACAGGGGUCGGAGUGGGGAUUCAGGAGGAGUAAUGGACAGAGUUGUAUCCCAGCUGUUGGCAGAGCUGGAUGGACUUCACAAGUCCUGUGAUGUGUUCAUUAUUGGUGCCACAAACAGGCCUGACCUACUUGACCCUGCCCUGCUCCGACCAGGAAGGUUUGACAAGUUGCUGUACCUGGGUGUGGCUGACACAAGGGAAGCUCAGCUCAAGGUGCUGUCAUCACUCACCAGGAAGUUUCACCUUGACGCUGAUGUGUCUCUCAAGUCAGUUGUGGAGAAGUGUCCCUGGAACAUGACAGGUGCAGACUUCUAUGCCCUGUCAUCAGACGCCAUGCUGUUCGCCAUCAAAAGGAAGAUACUGAAGCUGGAAGCAGGUGAAGAUGUGGACCAAACAGUUAUUGAGGUGUCUGAAGUCGACUUCCUGGAAGCUCUGAAACAGCUCACUCCAUCGGUGUCCGAAAUGGAGCUUGCUCGCUACAAGUACAUCAGAGACUCCUUUGAAGGAAAAUAGUCCAUGUGACUUAUACACUCUCAUCCAACUCAAGUCAAAGAAAUCCUCAAUAUAUGAUUGACUUCAAAUUAAUUAUGUAACCCAAACAAGUCCACAGAGUGCUGUAUUUUCCACACAACUAUUUCCAAAUCAUCAAGAGAUCUGUAAAUAUCUGAGACAGUCCUCCAAAUUUUUCAAUGUCUGAUGGUAUGGUUCUGUGUAUACUCCACUCUCCUACCCAGAGUUCCAUGCGGCAAGCCAGCAUAGUACCUCUGCCACAGGCCAGAAAAAUGUGACGAUUCGCCACAUCUUGCAAUUCAAUUCAAAAUAAUGUACUUUCUUUUACUCUUUUAUUUUUGACGAGUAUACACAUCUAACUAAACAUCUUUAAUGGAAUGGUUUAGUUUCA